AUGUAUCAAUUACCACCGGAGAUUAUGUGUUUGAUAUUUGGCUACUUUGCAGAGCCAUAUUCUUUUGUUAGAGACUUGAUUGUGUGGAGACAAAUUAAUAGAACAACAUAUGAAAUGCUCGAUAAUGCUUCUACAUUCUCAUUGUUAUUGGAUUUGUGCUCGAUCCGAGAUCCAGCCAAUUUAAAGAAGGAUUAUCACCAAAGAAAAUCAAAGACUCAACGUGUGGCUUCAUCAGCUGGUGAUUUGAUGGUGGUAGAUAGAGAACCUACACAGGAAAACAAGAAUAACAUGGAGGAUAAUUCCGAUGAUGAUUCUGAAAGUGAUAAUGAAUCAGAAAAUUGUCAAUUCUAUAAGAGUCAUACAUUUAUUGAUGGCUUACUGCAACAUUCUCUCAGAAAUCAAUUUAUAGGCUACAAGAAAAAUAAUAAUUGGAAUUACAUGGUUAGAGGUCUUUUAGUGGCACGUUCUGAAUUGGACUUGUUUGAUGAUGGUCCUCAACUUCAUGAUUUGGUUGAAGAAUGGAUAGAGGCAUAUUCUAUUGACAAUAGGUCUUGUAUUUUGCAAUUAUUAUUGGAAAUAUCUCUUGGAAAGGAAAUGAUUGAGCAUUUGGGAAUGAGAAAUAUUGGUUAUUCUAUUGUUGUUUUUUUCCACAAACUAUUUGAACCAGCAAUUCAAACAGUGACCAAUUGGAGAGAUCAACCAAAGCCAGAGUUAGAAUUUUCAGAUAUUUUCAAUAGAAAUUUAUAUGAAUUUUUAGAAAUGAACAUGAAAAAGGAAACCUUUUUAAAGGAUGAAAUGUCAGUUUUUUGGUUCGAAAUGGAGACGAUGAAUAAUUCCAUUCCUAGGCAGAUCAUCUUGUUCAUAGCAGAGAACUUUUCUCAUCUCAAUAUCAAAUUAUCGAAUGGAGAGGAGAAAGUGUGCUCUAUUUAUAUUUUUGAGGAAUUAAGAAAGUUUGGAAUUUGUGUAGAAAAGCUCAAAUUUAUUGACAGAAGGUCUAAAAUGUGCAAUUUUGAGAGAACAACCUCUUUGAAUAGAAUUAUUCCAUUAUCUUCGAAUGGGUUUUACUUGCAACACUUUGCUGUAUGGAUAAAUAGCAUUCCAUUGCUUGAGUAUUGCUUGAGUGUGGACUCUACCUUGACAAAACAGACACUUUUGGAUUAUUUUGAUAAUCAAAAUGUUAAUAUUAGCAAUAUUAGCCUCAAUUCAUACUCAAAAUCUUAUAUUUCAGAUCAUUCUAUGUUUUCUGUGCUUCACUAUGCUGUCCUGAUGAGCAAUGUUGAAAUGGUUGAUAUAUUAAUUAACAAAUAUAUGGCCAAUCCUUUUCACAAACAUUUUUCAAGAAAAUCGAGUCUCUACCUUGCCAUACAAAAUACCUUUAAUAUUCUUAGAGGAAGAAAAAACGAGGAAGAUGCCAUUCUUAAAAUUAUUACUGAUAGAUAUGGGCUCAAGUGCUUGGAGAAUGAAAAUUUUGAAGCCAACCAAGUUUUAUACAAUACAGACUCAUACCAUCAAGAGGGGGAUGAAAUAGAUUAUUCAUAUGAUUCAGAGUUUGAUCCAGUUCCUCUAAACGAGCAUUGCGUUGUUGAAAUGGUAGAUUAUUGCCCAGAAACUAACAUUGACGAUUAUUCUAGUGAUGAAGAAUAUGAGGAAGGAUUGUCUUAUUCGAGCUUGAUUGGUAGAUAUAAAGAAAUUGAGCAAGAUCACAAUGUUCUAAAAAGAAAAAGAUUUGAUCCUUUGGUUUUCGAUGAAGAUAUGCAUAAUUUCUCUCAAAUUGAUGUGAAAGAUUGUGUACGUUAUUUCGAGUCGGAUGAUUGGGAUACUGAAUUGGCUUUGCAGGAAAUUCCAUGUGAAGACUCAUUCAUUUCACUUCUUUCUAGAAAUGGUGUAAAGAAGGCCAAGUUAAACAAUCAGGAAAUGCAUACAAUCAACAUGAGAGAAGAACAUUUUGAUGAAGCAAUGGUUACAUCUAGAGCAGAAUCGUGUACCAUUCCAAAAAAACUAUUUAAUAACCUCAUCUAUCAAGUUUCACAAGAUUAUAGAAGUAGUAGUAUUUGGUUGCCAAAUGCUAGAAUGUUGCUUCAACAAGCUUGUGAAAACUUUGUAAAUGAAACAUUUAAAACAGCCAAUGCACAUUCUCAAUUAUGUAACUAUCAACACUCAACAUUGAUAGAUCAUGACAUGUUGAACACAUUCCAAUCUAACAAGACUUUAAUGGAUAAAUUUGGAAUAAUGUUUGGACCUUUCAAUUCAUGCCAUAGCCAGUUUAAUGCCCUAUUAAGAGAUGACUCUUAUGACUGCUAUAUUCAAAAUAUUGAAAAUUUAUCAAAAGAUGUAUUUAUCUGUAUUGACCUAUUUGAGACCUUCACCACAAAUAGUGGAGCUGAUGAUGAGGAUGAUGAUUAUAUUGACAAUAUGUCCUCAUGCUCUUCAGAUAGUAUGGUAUCUACGGUUUGCAAAAUCACCAAAGACUUCGAUGGCAUUGGUAAUGAUUGUUAUUCGACCAUCUCUCUAAGUGAAUAUCAAGAAUUCAAUCCAAAUUUAAUUCGAGAAGAUAGUUUAUCUAACAAAUACAUCCAAGAAGCAAACAAAAAUUUUGGGGAAAAAGUGCAAUUUUACUCUGAUAGGGAUGAUGCUAUUGACGCUGUGAAUAGAUUCUAA